CGGCGGCGGCGGGAAGCGGGAAGUUUCAAGGCGGCCUGGGGGCGGGCGGCGGCCCGGGGCCAUGAAGCUGCACUGCGAGGUGGAGGUGGUCAGCCGGCGGCUGCCGGCCCUGGGGCUGCGGGCCCGCGGCCGGGGCGCCCGCGCCGUGCUGAGCCUCUGCCAGCCCGCGCCCCGGGGCGGCCCGCCGCGCGCCGGCCUGCUGGUCGCCACCCUGCGGGACAAGCGCGGGACGCGCUACGAGCAGCUAAAGGAGAACAUUGAGCAGUUCUUCACCAAAUUUGUGGAUGAGGGGAGAGCCACUGUUCGGUUAAAGGAGCCUCCUGUGGAUAUCUAUCUAAGUAAGGCCAAUUCCAGCAGUUUAAAGGGUUUCCUUUCAGCUGUGAGACUGGCUCAUAGAGGCUGUAAUGUUGAGGCAUCUCUUUCAACCCUCACACCUGUGAAGACUUCAGAAUUUGAAAAAUUUAAAACAAAAAUGGUUAUCACAUCCAAAAAGGACUAUCCUCUAAGCAAAAACUUCCCAUAUUCUCUGGAACAUCUUCAGACUUCUUAUUGUGGGCUUGUCCGAGUUGAUAUGCGUAUGCUUUGCUUAAAAAACCUGAGGAAAUUAGACUUGAGUCACAACCAUAUAAAAAAGCUUCCAGCUACAAUUGGAGACCUCAUCCACCUUCAAGAACUUAACCUGAAUGACAAUCACUUGGAGUCAUUUAGUGUAGCCUUGUGUCAGUCUACACUCCAGAAGUCACUUCGGAGGUUGGAUCUCAGCAAGAACAAAAUUAAGGCACUCCCUGUGCAGUUUUGCCAACUCCGAGAACUUACAGAUUUGAAACUUGAUGAUAAUGAAUUGAUUCGAUUUCCUUUCAAGAUAGGACAACUGACAAACCUGCGUUUUUUGUCAGCAGCUCGAAAUAAGCUUCCAUUUUUGCCUACUGAAUUUAAAAAUUUAUCCCUUGAGUACCUUGAUCUUUUUGGAAAUACUUUUGAACAACCAGAAGUCCUUCCAGUUAUAAUGCUGCAGACGCCGUUAACUUUAUUGGAAUCUUCUGCACGGACUGUAUUAUAUAAUAGGAUUCCGUAUGGCUCUCAUAUCAUUCCUUUCCAUCUUUGCGAAGAUUUGGAUACUGCAAAAACCUGUGUUUGUGGAAGAUUUUGUCUAAGCUGUUUUAUUCAAGGAACUUCUACCAUGAAUCUACACUCUGUUGCUCACACUGUGGUCUUAGUAGAUAACAUGGGGGGUACUGAAGCACCGGUCAUCUCUUACUUCUGUUCUCUAGCCUGUUACGUAAAUUCCUGUGAUAUGUUAAAGUAAUAGGUGACACCACAGAAAGAAAUUUCAUUUAGUUACUGAUCAGUUUGGGAUUCAUUUAUGGUUUAACUGUCAAAUUGGAGAAAGGGAAGCUUUUGUUUAUUUGCUUGAGGGGAAGAAUGUGUGUUAUUCUAACAUUUUCAAUUAUUUGUAAAACCUUAAUUCCAUUAAAACCUGAUUAAUUUUAUUGUGGGGUAACUUUUUAUCAGUUUAUUGCACUUGUGUUGAUUUCAGCCUAGUGUUUUCAGAAUGGGUUGUGGGCUGUCUUUUAACGUUAAACAGAUAUUGAUCCCAAUCACUCUGGUCAUGGAAUUUUCUUAUCAACUUUCUUCUCGCAUUUCAAUUAAAGAAAUUGAGUUUCUGUAUGCAGAAAAUAUACCUUGGAAGACUAUGGUCUAAAUUAUAGUGAAAACUUGUUUGGUAUGAAACUACAUAUAAAUUUUUAGCAUAUCA